AUGCUCCUGAGCAUUCCUCUGCUGGUGGCCAUCUGUAGGUCUCCCUCCCUCCUCGGCAAGCCCCGAUUCCUCUUCCUCUUCCACCUGCUCUUCUGUGACGCUCUGCAGCUGGUCAUCUUGGUGGCCAGGUACGCCUUCCUCACCUCACGCCGCACCAUGCCAGUGACCCACUGCGUGGUUCACAUGUCUGCCAACCAGUUCUUGGCCACAGUGGCCCUCCUCCUGCGUGCCGUCCUGUCGGUGGACCGCUGCGUGGCCAUCUUGCUGCCCCUGCACUACGAGAUGCUGCUGAGCCCUGGACGGUGUCGGGUGGUGGUGGUGCUCGCCUGGACACUGCCCCUGCUGGUGAGCACAGGGGCCUUGUGGAUGAUGCUGGACCGCGUGCAGAAUGCGGCCAUCCCACUCUGCCUCCCUUUUGUGCUGGGGCUCUGUCUGUCAGACAACAGACCUGUGUUUAUUUUCCUCAUGGCCAUCAGCGUCUUGCUGCUGCCUGUCUCCCUCCUCACCAUCCUCGGCUGCUUCGCACUGCUCUGCUGGCAAACGCGGGGGAGGAUCUGCACGCAGCGCCGGGCCGUUGUCACGCUGGCCUUGCAGGCCGUGCAGAUGGUCAUCCACGCCUUGUCACUGGUGCUGUUUAUCAUCAGAAUCCUCACCAAGAAGGAGAGUGAACAGUGGUCGCUAGCCAUCAACACCAUUUAUACUCUGGGCAUCUCGCUCAUCUCACUGGUCUAUGGCUACCGCUCUCAAGAGCUGCGGUGCAGACUGCUGAAACACCUUGUGUGCAGUCAAGUCAGCACCAGCUAG